AUGUCCGAAAAUCUACCGACUGGUGCCAAAGAAUAUUCCGACGGAAAUGGCAAAUACGUUGGCGAUGAUACAUUGGGUUACUUGCACGAUUCCGUAAAACAUCCGGUCUCGAGCAGCGAUGAAUACGACACGGACUUGGAUUUACCUAAGGUUGUCACUAAACGGAACUGCGCAGCUGCAGUCAAACCCAGACAGCCCAGCCGUAAUGUGUACGAGUUGGGCUGCGUGGAGUAUGACCAGACACCACACUCUGCCAUAGUGACAGGGUUGUCACAGCCGACGCUCGUCCUGCGGUACCGAUCGAUCGGCAGCCAGGCCAUGAAACCACUCUGCAUGGCUUUGAUCUGUAAUGAAAUUGUCACCGUCCUUGAUCUAGAAGACACAGACAUUGGACACGAGGGGGCACUGUAUUUAGCAGAAGCGCUAAGAGAAAAUUUUGUGAUCAGACAUUUGAACAUUGCCAAUAACCACGUUGGAGACAACGGCAUUGAAGCUAUCGCCAACACACUUUGUCACAACACCACUGUUUCAUAUCUCAACAUAUCAGGAAAUAAACUCACAGAUAAUUUUGGCAAAGCAUUAUCAACUUUAUUGACGGAGAACGACUCCAUCCUCCGCUUACACGCCAAUUACAACUGCAUGAGACAGAAGUCGGCAGUUGAGCUUGGAAAAGCUUUGAGUGGGAACAACAGUUUGGAACACCUGGAUCUAAGCUGGAACAGUUUUACUGGGCAAGCUGCUGUCCGUCUCUUUGCUGGACUACAGAACAACACAUGCCUGAAACUGUUGGAUUUAUCCUGGAAUGGCAUAGGAUAUGAUGGGGGAGCCUCAUUGUCUAAACUGCUCCGUAAAAACCGGACCCUGGAGUACAUAGAUAUGAGCAAUACGAGAAUUAUGUGGCAAAACACGCAAAGUCUGGCCUGGGGCAUCCGAAACAACGACGUCUUGAAAGUGUUAAAGCUAGGGGGUAAUCCUUUGACCACCACGGGGUCCAUGACUCUCCUGGAAGGCAUUGGAGAAGACACGUGUUCACUUGAGUUGUUGGACAUAACGUUGCAGGUGGAUCUGACAUAG